AUGGCAAAGAAGAUGAAAGAUCCAAGGAGUUUCACUAUCCCUUGCAUGAUUGGUGAAUUGGUUAAUGAAAAGGCUCUAGCUUAUUUAGGAGCUAGCAUUAAUGUUAUGCCAUUCACUAUGUACAAGAAAUUAGGUUUUAGUGACUUGAAACCGACCUUGCAACUAGCCGAUAGAUCCAUUAGGCACCCAAGGGACAUUAUUGAAGAUGUGCUUGUUAAGGUUAACAAGUUUAUCUUUCCUAUGGAUUUUGUCAUUCUAGACGUUGAUGAGGAUGUAGAUGCACAACCCAUUUUAGGUAGGCUAUUGUUAACCAUCUCCCAAGCCCUAAUUGAUGCGAGUAAUGGUAAAAUGAUUCUUAGGAUUGGUGAUAAUGACGUCAUCUUUGCUUUGUCGGAUGCUAUGUAA